CUCUGCGUCUGUGUCUACUUGUAUAACUACUACCCACCCACACUUACACCCUUCGUCCUUAAUUUCCCUCCCUCUCUCCCUCUGUGCAUACACCAUCUGCAAGUCACCAUGCCAGCACUCCUCGAAGACCCCCUAACCACCCUCCCCGCGCCCGCGACCGCAAAAUCCGCCGCGACACUUCUCCUCCCCCGCCACGCCACCCUGAAAGACAAGACGCGCGUAACCCUCUACCCCAUCGCCCACGGCCCCGCCAGCGUGCCGACCACUCUGGUGGAAUAUCUGCACCGGGAAUUCAGUCACGAAAUCCUGCGUGGCAGCACCUAUCCCAUGGAAACCCCCAUGGAUCUCACGACGUACCGGGAUUACUGGUUCGGGACAUUUGCGGUGGUGGCGUUAGUGGAUGAUGAGGAGAUUACCCCAGGGGAGGGGGGGUUGGUGGAGGGGAGGGACUGGGAGAAGGUUUGUUUGGGGACGUUUUAUAUCAAGCCUAAUUAUCCUGGUCGCUGCUCGCAUGUCUGCAACGCGGGAUUCUUCACCACCCCCGCUGCGCGAGGUCGCGGGGUGGGGAAUGUGAUGGGGGAGACGUAUUUGGAGUUUGCUCCGAAGUUGGGCUACAAGUACUCCGUCUUCAACCUCGUCUUCGCCAACAACACCGCCUCGAUCCGCAUCUGGGAGAAGCUGGGCUUCCAGGUCAUUGGCCGGGUGCCGCGCGCCGCGCGCCUGGCUAACAGUGAGGAAUUGGUGGAUGCGUUGAUCAUUGGUCGGGAUUUGGUAUAGAUUCAUGCCUUCGUCAUAUUCAGGGCGCGGUUUGUAUAGAUGUACCGGCUGUCGCACAUAUACCCGGACGGUAGUCCUGUAAAAAUCUCGUUGCUUUCCUUGAUAGACUUACAACUAUUCAGCGGGCCAGGAAGCUGAAAAGAAAGGGGGGUCCGGGGGUUCUCCCCCGGGAUAGCUUUGGAAACAUACUUCUUCCGACAUGUAUUUCUUAG